GCGUCCUACCCUAGCUGCGAAGUGAGUGGAUCUGCGGGAAGUGUAACAGUACUUGACUGUCAGAUCCUGUGGGAAGUACUACUUGGGUACUCUCUAGUUUGUCUUGUCUUUGUUUAGCACCACCAGCCUGUCGCAGAUCUACUCGCGGCUUCAUACUUUGGUGCCCAGCACUAGCUCCCCAUUUCUGGAGUUCUCUCCCUUCCCCCCUCGUUCGUUCGUCUCUAGUUGUCCCUGCAUUCGUUCGUCCCGAGUCUCCCCGCGUUCAUUCAUCCCGAGUCUUGCGAAUUGACGACACCCCUGGGCUCGUCUCUCGAUGAUGACGAGUGUUCCGCUUCCAGACGGCUUCACAUGUGCACUGCUGAAGGAGGUGAAGGGCGCGGAGAUCGCAUUCUGGAUCGGUCAGGCCAACGCUGCUGCAGGGAAGAGGGUUGUGACGAAGAACGGCCGUGUCGACGAGCAGCGGAAGAGGCUCACGGACUACUAUGGCCUUAACCUUUCCGCUGAAGAUUCAUUUGUCGCUGCCGUCGCGCUGAAGACCCAUGAAGACCAUAUCAAGCAACGCCAGUUCAGCUGGCUCCAGGAGCUUGGGGAAGAGUGGGCCAGCAUGGCUGCUUGUGGAAAGGAGUUUUUCCUAUGCGACAGAUCUUCUGAACCUUGCAAUGCGAGCCUUCUGCAGGAGGCUGUCAAGCUGCUCAUGAAUCUCAUGGUGCAGACCAUGCCAUCUGCUGCCCCAUCUCCUCUCUCUCUCGACGGGCGGACACAGACAGAAAACAACGAAAUGAUCUCCGCGCUCAUCGGUGCCGCCUGCGAUGGAGAUUCGACUGCGAUUUCGCGUUUGUCGAGCUUGGGCAAUGUUUCUGCACGACUGCCUGCCACUCAGAUGAUCCCACAGUGCAUGACUGCUCCCUCCGUGGAGCUGAUGGUGGCCACUCUACCUCCAGCACCUCUUUCGAACGCAGCAUCUCUGCAACCGACUCAACAAUUGUGGGUGCUGCUGCCCACCAUUCCAUCAAUGGCUCAGUCUGUGCCCCCUGUCACGAUCUUUGCCCAACCUGGGUCAUUGCCACUCGUACUUCGAGGGGAUGGCUCAGCACUUCUUCCGUUCAUUGCACCCAACCAUACUGCGACCAUGCAGACGUCUUCCAGCUUGUCGGUGCCACUUUUCACCGAGGCUCCUGUCGUCCUGCCAUGCACUGUCAAUGAUGUGGCAGUGCUCAACAGCUGCCAGCUUGACAUUGAGAGCAUCCAGUGUGCCCAGGACCUCUGCGAUGCCAUUCAACAGGUCGAAGAUGGAACGGUGAGCCGCGUGCAUGAACGCUAUGGCCCCCGAGAUGGCAGAGCCACGGAUGAGAUGUGGGGGCAUCUCAAGGGCAAGAUCACGAAGCGUGAGCGGCUGUAUGGCCUGCUCGCUGGUGCUUUCGAAGGUGACAGGGAUCGCUUUUUUGAAUACUUCACUCCAACACUGGUAGCAUUGCGGAUGGUUGUCGAAGCCAUCCCUCACUGUCAAAAGGACUUGCAGGAUGAGAGAAGGAAUACCAGAUAUGUUGACCUGGUGAGUGGCAAGUUCUCCAAGGAGUUGUGGAGGGCUGUCUGGGGGGAUCGAAAUGACUGGUAUGUCUGGCGAGAGCUUGGGAAGGAGUGGUAUGGGAACAAGAAGGCAUGAAUAUGAACAAUUAAAUCAUGUUGCUUCGUCUUGUUACUCUACUUAGGAUGAAUGUGAACAAUUAAAUCAUGUUGCUUUGUCUCGCUACUUUACUGGGAGAUUAGACAGAGAAGAUUAGACUAGAGUUUGAAGAAUAUGCUGAACUCUCUUG